GAGGUGGAGAAACAGUACAAGCAGCAUGUGGCAGAGGGAGGGGCCAGUGAUGAGCUCAGGUUCUCAUAUGCACUCAUCAAGAGUGACUUGAAGAAUGACAUCAGGAUGGGCAUCAGACUCAUGGAGAGUGAUAUCAGUCAGGGGAAGGACCAGAGAGACCAUUUCUACUUCAUUGCUAGGGACACUAUAAAUUGGAGG